CCAAAGUGAGCUGGGCUCAAGCGAGGAGGAAAGACGCAGAAGGCAAGGAGAGACGGAGACGCUUUCUUCAAGUAUUUUUUAUUUAUUUUUUAACCGGGAGAGUUUUUUGGUGCGUCGUGAGAGAGCGGCGGAGAACGGCGCGCAAUUUAUCAAACAUUUUGAGACGUGCAUUUUUUUUUAAAUUUUUUUGAGGGGCUCAAGAUUAAAUCUAGUGUGUAGUGGAUGUGAACAGCGGGAAGAGGUUCCUUAACACAGAGCCGGAGGAAUGUAUCCAACUCGGGCAGCGGCGAGCCAGCGGCGUCUCUGGAGAUGUCCAGCCUGCGCUCUCUGGGUCGCCCUGCUGCUCCAAAGCGUCCUGGACCUGAGCGCGUCUGGGUCUGAGUUUCCCCAAGACCCCAGUGUGCUCGCAGCCACCUCGUGGAACGGCUCUAGUGAUGGGCCCUUCUUCAUCCGUCUUGAAGCUCCCAUGAACAACAUCACCACAUCUCUGGGCCACACUGCUGAGCUCCUCUGUCGCGUGGCCGGCAACCCGCCUCCGUCUGUCCGCUGGCUGAAGAACGACGCCCCCGUGGUGCAGGAGCCUCGACGGGUUUCCUACCGGUCGACGCCGUACGGAUCACGCCUCCGCAUCCGCAACCUGGACACUACUGACACGGGCUACUUCCAGUGCGUGGCCACCAACACCCAGGGGACCGUGUCCACGACGGGGGUGCUGUUCGUCAAAUUCGAUCCACUCCCUACACCUCUGCCAGGAAGGCCGACGGAGGAUUUCGAUGAAGAGGGAUUCUGCCAGCCGUACAGAGGUAUCGCCUGCGCCCGCUUCAUCGGCAACCGCAGCAUCUUCGUCGACUCGCUGCAGAUGCAGGGUGAAAUUGAAACACAGAUUACAGCCGCCUUCACCAUGAUCGGUACAUCCAACCAUUUGUCCGAUCGUUGCUCCCAGUUUGCCAUCCCUUCCCUCUGCCACUUUGCCUUCCCGACAUGCGACCGGAGCUCAGGGACCGACAAACCUCGGGACCUCUGUAAGGACGAAUGCGAGAUCCUGGAGAACGACUUGUGUAAGACGGAGUACAUCAUCGCCCGCUCGAACCCAAUUAUACUGAAGAGACUGAAGCUACCAAACUGCGAGGACCUGGCUGCCUCUGAGAGCCCCGAGGCUGCCAACUGUCUGCGGAUCGGGAUCCCCAUGGCCGAGCCCAUUAACAAGAAUCACAAGUGUUACAACAACAGCGGGGCCGACUACAGAGGCACUGUCAGUAUGACCAAGUCAGGGCGUCAGUGUCAGCCGUGGAACUCCCAGUAUCCUCACAGCCACACCUACCUGGCCGUCAGAUACCCAGAGCUGAACGGGGGACACUCGUAUUGCCGCAACCCGGGAAACAAACACGAGGCCCCCUGGUGCUUCACGCUGGACGAGGGGGUCCGCAUGGAGCUCUGCGACAUAGCCAUCUGUGACUAUAAGGACAAGUCAAGCAGAGGCAACAUGGAGAUUCUGUACAUCCUGAUUCCCAGUGUGUCCAUCCCACUAGCCAUCGCUUUGCUCUUCUUCUUCAUUUGUGUGUGCCGCAACAACCAGAAGUCCUCCAGGCCUCCUGCGCCGCGCCAGCCCAAACCGGUCCGAGGACAAAACGUUGAGAUGUCAAUGCUAACGACUGCGUACAAGCCAAAGAGUAAAGCCAAGGAGCUUCCCCUGUCUGCUGUGCGUUUCAUGGAGGAGCUUGGAGAGUGCACGUUGGGGAAGAUCUACAAGGGUCACCUGUACCUGCCGGGCAUGGACCAGGCACAGCUCGUGGCCAUAAAGACUCUGAAAGAUAUUUCCAGCGGCCAGCAUUGGGGCGACUUCCAACAGGAGGCCGCAGUGCUGACGGAGCUGCAGCACCACAACGUGGUGUGUCUGCUGGGUGUGGUUACUCAGGAGCAGCCGGUCUGCAUGCUCUUUGAGUUUCUGCCACAAGGGGACCUCCACGAGUUCCUCAUCAUGCGUUCGCCGCAUUCUGAUGUCGGCUGCAGCAGCGAUGAGGACGGCACGGUGAAAUCCAGCCUGGAUCAUGGCGACUUUCUGCAUAUGGCCAUACAGGUGGCUGCUGGGAUGGAGUACUUGUCCAGUCACUUCUACAUCCAUAAGGACCUUGCGGCUCGGAACAUCUUAGUAGGUGAACAGCUCCACGUCAAGAUUUCCGACCUGGGUCUCUCCAGAGAGAUCUACUCCUCAGACUACUACUGCCUCCAGCCUAAAACUCUGCUGCCUAUCCGCUGGAUGCCCCCCGAGGCCAUCGCCUACGGCAAGUUCACCUCAGACUCAGACAUCUGGUCGUUCGGAGUCGUGCUGUGGGAGGUCUUCAGCUACGGUCUGCAGCCCUACUACGGCUUCUCCAACCAAGAAGUGAUGGAGAUGGUGAGAAAGAGGCAGCUGCUGCCCUGCCCUGAGGACUGUCCACCAAGGUUUUAUGGUUUGAUGACUGAGUGCUGGCAGGAGGGACCAGCACGUCGACCACGCUUCAAGGACAUUCACACCCGUCUGCGAGCCUGGGAGGGCCUGUCGUCCCACGCCAGCUCCAGCACGCCGUCUGGUGGAGGAGGCAACGCCACCACUCAGACCACCUCGCUGAGUGCCAGCCCUGUGAGCAACCUCAGCAACCCCCGCUACGCUGCUGCAGCUGCUGCAGGGUACCUCUACCCGGCCCAGGCCAUUCCUGCGCCAGGGCAGAUGGCUACGAUCCCGGCAUGGACACCCAUGGCUGUGCCCCAAACCCACCAACGCUUCAUCCCUGUCAACGGAUACCCCAUCCCACCCGGAUACGCAGCUUUCCCAGCUCACUUCGCGCCCCCAGCUCCGCCUACCAGGGUCAUCCAGCACCACCUGCCGCCUCCCAAAAGCCGCUCGCCCAGCAGCGCCAGCGGCUCCACCAGCACGGGUCACGUCAGCGGCGUUCCCUCCACCACGGGCUCCAACCACGACGCCAACACGCCACUGCUCUCCCACUGCAUCAUGCCGGGGAGCGGCGGAGGGCCGGCUCAGGUGUACGGACAAGUUUCCCAGAAGGCGUUGGGACAGCUGGAGCACGUGUCACAAACAUCAGCGCUGCUCGCUCCUGACUCUGACGUACUGAUGUACAACGACUCGGUCAUCACCGCAGACCUGUAGACACAGAGAGGGAUGCUCACUUUCUUUCUGCUCGGGACCCACACAUGAGAAGUUUAGCCUCUCACGCAGGGACCCAGUGUCACAAUUCUACUCUGGUCACGUGAGACCCAAACAGAAACAGGCCUCUGUGCACAUGAGUGUGUGCAAGAAACACUGCCGCAGCUAGACAAGUAUAUAAACAGCUGUCUGACUUUGUAAUGCCUUACUGUUUAAAGCAAGCGUACUUACUAUUAUGGUUUGAAAAUGUUGUGUUGUUAUUUUAACCUCUCUGUAAAUACGGUACACAAGUGCUGAAUGAAUGAAUGAAAUACAAAGAUAUAUAUUCAAAAGAACUUUCUUUUUUUUUAUUAAGAAAAACACUUUAAAGGUGAAAACGUAGCAAUUCCACCCUGUGUCCUCGUGAAAUGGUUUUGUUGUACAAUCACACAAGAAGUUCCUGUGCUGACAACCCAGCCGACGGACUGUUUCAUACGGGACGUCGAGGAGACACGGACGUUCAUGUGAUGACCUUUAGGUGCCUUUCAGCAGUGCUGCGACUUGCUAGUCAGCGGACGGAUUAAAAAUAAAAUAGCAAAAUGAGCAAGAAUGGGAACAGCAGGUGCUUUUAUUGAGAAGACCAACACUGACCUGCUCACAUACAACAGCAUACAGGUGACAUGCUCUGCCAUUUGGACCCCGAAAGUAAACUUCUGGUUGCAAGCAUUGCAGCCAGACCUCCAGCAGCUGUGUGACUGCUGCCCAACGUAGCAGCGGGAAUUCAAGUAAAUGCAGUAGAAUUACAAGUGAUGAAUUGGCGGCAAUAUUUUUCCUGGUCCUGAAAAUCGGAAUAUACACAACGCCCUUUGAAAGUGACAUCUGAAUGUUUUUUUUCUGCAACAUGACUAUGUGAGACCUCUACAACGCGGACACAGGCCUGUUCUUCACGCUCUGACCGUCUUCAAAGCUGCCCAGGCUGAGAAACAAGGAGGCUGGGAGUUUUAUCUGAUCAUACAACAAACCCCUUCAUCAGCCUUCCAAUCUCACUUCAAUCACCAAUUUCCUUCAUGAUUUAUUCCUUUACUCUUCUCCUUUCUCGAGACAUACGGCGUCUUACUUCAAAGCUGCCUGCUCUGGACCCCCCGAGGACCUACAAAUGAAAUCACACAGCGCUCAUGUCCUCCGCAGCUACUCUGGACCGCUCUCAGGGCAAACAACUCGUUCAACAUGCAAGAGCUGGGGGCAGUUUUUACUUUUGCUAAUGUAAGAUGAAAUUCUCACAACUCUCACAGAGGAACUUUAAAAAAAUGUAUCAUUGAUUGAAUAUGACGUUUUAAUUUUCAGGAGAGUUUUUUUUUUUUUUUUACAGUGUUCAGUUUUGAAGGAAGAAUUUUCUAUUUGGAGGGCUUGUCUUCGUGUGCCUUUGUCCGUUCCAGUUUUAUUUGCAUCUGCAUCAUAAAAAACGACAACUCAACACAUGGAGGAAAGCUAGUAGUAAAAGGGUUAAAACACAAACUGUUUAGAGUAGACGAUGUUACUUUGUAAGGCCUCAGCUAUGUACUGAUAACAGCUUGAUUUCCUUAUCAGUGCAUGAACAGAAGAAUGUGUUAUAAGGAUUCACUUCAUGAGCUGGGAGACAGAUUGUAAUAAUGUGUCCAGAGAGAGAUUCAUGUAUGUUGCUUCUAUUCAGUUCUGUAUCAGCAAAUGUUUUUUUGUAACGCCUGGAGCCGACUGCAUCGACAUGGAAGUGAUCCCAACAAGUAGCUCAGCAGGUUCUAAAACACACAGAGCAAAGCUAAUAGCUGUAUUUAUGUUCUAACAAGUCCGAUGUCAAGCAGCAGCAAGUAGUCGCUCUGGGUUACAUGCAUUGGCUCUGAUAUCUUUUGUGAUAUGAAGAAGUGUGCGUUUGGUAAAUGAUUAACUCUCUGUCCUGUAAUUACACAAAUCAGCUAUCUGAGAUCUUAGUUGAUGAUGAUGGUUGAUUAGAGGCUAAAUAUAAAGCUUGUGCUAUUAAAAAAAUAAGGGGGCCACAGAACAGCUUUUGAUCUAAAAUUCCCACGCAGGACCUGUGUAGUCGACAAUCAUCAGUUGUGCAAGUGUUUCCCGGCUGUUGCCGUAUGUUUGCACAUUACCGUGUUAUCAAUCAGCAGUGUUUGCUCACACUUAGCAUGACACAUGGGCUUUUCACUUUGGAUGAGCAGUACAAAAAGCACCCUGACCACGCCUUAUUGCCUUAAGUUUUCAUAAAGUUUUAAUCUGACGUUUGUGGAAUGUAGAUAGUAGAAGGUGUAAUCUGUUCACUUCACUAUUUAGUUCAUCCACCAUUUAAAAAUGCCUCCUAUCUGGUGUCACUAAUUAACUCCAAAUUUAAAUAAGUCCAUUUAAAAAAAAACUCUCACUGUUCUUUAGUUUUCCCCAGAAAUCGAUGUCUUCACACCAGAUAUGGUCAACGGAGAAGCUGAUUGUUAUCUGUAAUAUGAAGGGGGUGCUCUUGUUUUUGUCUUUGGAUUUAUUCCUCGUGUCAAAUCCAGUUAUUUUAAUCAUUUGAAGUCAUUUUUCCCAUCGAGUUUUUAUUUCAUACGCGUCUUUUGUCAAUGCUUCAAGUGUCUCGUUGGAGCGGACUGAGCUACCUAGGCGUCUGACUUUCUACAUGUGACCUCCAGCAUGUAAACGAUGUAUGAGUACUAAUAUAGCAGUGCAAAAACCACUUGUACACAAGACUGUGAAACUUAAUCAAGUGUAGGUAUUUUUGUAUUUGGCAAAAAAAGCAAAAUCAUUAUUCUGCCUUUUUUUGUUCUAUCCUAGAUUUUUUUUUUUUUUUUAAAGAAACAACAUACAAGUCAUUUUAUAUCUCAAUACCAGUGUACCCUUUACCGAAGGUUCACAUGCAUAUUGACCAAGAGAGGCCUCGUCUUUGUAUUUUCUCUGAAUAUUUUUGCACAGAUGUUUUGUAUUGCAAAAUCAUUUAUUAAAAUGAUGUUGUUUGGUUAAA